CUCUUUGCUUGAACAACGUGUCUUAACUUCCUGCCCAAAAAAGGCUGUGAGCAAAGUUGACACUUUGUUAAUAAGGGUCUAACACCGCCUCUAAUUUAGAGAAGAGAAGAAGAAGAAGCUGGGCAGACAUGAACCCGUCUCCACAUGUCGAAGUCAGGCCUCAAAGUGCCGUGAUGAUUUCUUCACUUGUGGUGGUGAAUAUUAUUUGGUGGAUGGUUAUGAUUGCAGCCAUUGGUUUGGGGGCUACACAUCUGAGCCGUUGUCCAGUGCAGCCCAACAUCCCCAUUUACCUGAUAGUGCUGGGAGCAAGCAACCUCCUAUCUCUGUCUCUGACCUACACCCGGAACAACUGGGGGGACGACAUGGCCUCCAUCAUGUGCUCGGCCUGCAUGGCCAUCCUGCACUUCUUCACUUUCAUCUGGUUCUUUAUAGGCACUUCCUGGAUUUACCCUGUUUAUCCUCCCGACUACACACCCGGGACAUUGCGACACUGCCACAAGACAACCUACCAGUUUGCCUUUGUUGUCACCACCCUGGUGUGGGUCGCUACAACCCUCAUGUUCAUCUGCAGUUGUUGCUUCGCUCUGCUGACCUGCUGUAAGAUGGUCAUUUCAGGACACAGACUGAUACCCAACCGCUAUACUUUCUAUGGUGCCACAAGUGAUUCUCAUGAACCUGCUGGUGGUGAUGUGUGAUGCAAAUGUCUGUUCAUAUUUUCUAAUGCCUAAAGAAUGUAUUAUUAGUAUGCCAUCUUCCUGGAAACGCUUGAAGAAAGGGGCCUUACUUCACUUGAGAAUAAAAUGUUUGCAACAUUUCAAGGGUUGUUUUCAAGGAGCCCGGAUAAGCUCUGUCCACCUUAAUUCAACAUUAGUCAUCCUCUACAUGGUGUGUGGUUAAAUUUAGGAACAGCACUGUUUCAUCACAUGCAUUUGACAUGUUGACACCAACAGGAAGCAGUUAACAUUUGAGCCAAUAGAAGAGAAGUUAGAUAAUCUAGUGGCCGCUAACAUUGAUUCAGAAUUGAAAUAGAGAAUAAAUUGUUAUUGGUACAGUGUUUUUAUAUUCUCCUCAUGUGUGUUAUAUUUUCUUUAAGGUUUAACCACUUAAGGUUGUAUUACUACAAUAAACUGUGGACCCAAAACAA